GGGUGGUAAAAUACAGUUGAUGUGCACUGUUUUAAUCUCAAUCAAAUUUUGAUCCACCCUCUCUCGUAGUGAGCGUGCAGCUGAGCUGGAGAUGUGAUGAAGCUCUGCAGCAGGGAGGUGAUGGAGUCCAGCAGCUGUCCAUGCUGUAAACCACCGCACAGCCUGAGGGUCAACAUUAACGGCAGCUCUUUCUUUGUGGAGAAAAACACUCUGGCUGAGAACUGUGAGUACUUCAGAGCACUGUUCCAGUCAGGAAUGAGAGAGAGCCGUCAGGAGGAGAUCCAGCUGCAGUGUGUAGGGGCUCUGGGGUUCCUGGUUCUGCUGCAGGUCUUGGAUGGGGAGCAACCAGUGCUCAACAGCGACCAGAUAGUGGAAGCCAUCGAGUGUACGGCUUUUCUCCAGGUGCCCGUCCUCACCAAACAUUUGAUCAAUAUCAUCAAUUCUGAGAACUGUUUACUCAUGUUCCACACAGCUGCCACCUAUGGUGUGUGGGAGCUGUCCCACAGGUCAGCCUUAUUCAUCAGAGACAUGUACUCUGACCUGAGGGAGGACCUUCACACCUUACCCAACAAGCUGCUCAAGUACAUUGAAUCUCUUCUCCCGAGCAGCUACAUGGCAGUGUGCAGCCACUCUCCAUCCUCUGAGCUGCUGCAGGAUGUCCAGAGGACCGUCUGCUACCUGGAUGAAGAACACAGAGAAUGGAGGGUCCUGACACACCUACCUCGGAGCACCAGCACCACCAUGGCAGGUGUGGCCAUCCUUCACAACAGACUUUACAUCAUCGGAGGGGUGCAUGAUAUAAGUAAGAGUGUAGUAGAGACAGGUUUCUGUUACAACCCUGCAUCUAACACAUGGUCCACUAUCUGUGGGCCUCAGCAGCUCCGCUAUAACUUGACCCUGAUAGGACAUGAGGACUGCCUGUAUGCUGUUGGAGGGGAGUACAACAUGAAGGCCCUGUCCUCUGUGGAGAGGUACAGGGUGUCUGAUGGAAGCUGGAGUUUUGUCUCCCCACUCCCUUCCCCUGCAGCCUUGGUGGCAUCUGCUGUAGCCAUGAACAGGAUGUUUAUCUGUCUCUGGAAAGGCAGGGGGGCCACAGAUAUCCUUGAGUACGUGCCUGUACUGGACCGGUGGAUUGUGAUCACCACACUCAUCCGCCAACACAGUUAUGGUCUUUAUAUGGUGGCCCAUAAGGACAAUCUGUAUGUAAUGCGAAACGGGCCCUGUGAUGAUUUCUUACUGUGUGUGAUGGACUGCUACAACCUGACCUCAGGACAGUGGACAGCCAUGCCGGGUCAGUAUGGGAACAGUAAAGGCUCUCUGCUGACUGCUGUGGUCAGAGGAGACUCUGUGUUCACUCUAAGCAGACAUGUGACCACAGAGUACACUGUGGACCAUCACAGAUGGAGACUGAAGCGUGAGAUGAAAGGCUUUGGCAGGAUUGGAUCCAUAUAUACAUUUUUGAUGAGGCUGCCUAAAGCUGCUGUGUCUGUCAGUAACUGUCUGGAUCUGACCCAGGACCAAGACCUCAGGGAACCCAGUGACUGUCCUAGAUUAUCCCCACAGUGCACUGAUAACCUGUGAGAGCUGCUGACAAAAUCACAUCAAAGAGCUGUUCCUUUAAAAACCAGUCUGGUAUAUUACUGUUGGUGUGUGAUGCUUAGUGUUUUGGAUGUGGCUCAAAACAAAUCCAGUGAAUCAAGACAGAUCAGACAGGUUUUAAACAAACCUUCGGGUCAGACAAACUUAUUUGGGGGUGGGGAAACUAAGCUGAAGAAUAAAAUUAGUAAGCAAACAUC